AACGAAUCCAAGCGCCGGCAAGCCACGCAAGCGGGCCGAUGACGACGCCGAUGUUUGCGAUGAUCUGCGCCAACAACGUCAACCGCAGCACGGAGGCCCACGACCACCUGCACGCUGCGGGCCUGCGCGUGUGCUCCUUCGGCGCCGGCAACAAGGUGCGCUUCCCGGGCCGCAGCCGCUACGAGCCGCACAUCUACGAGUUCUUCACGCCGUACGAGGUCAUGUACCGCGAGCUCAAGGCCGAGAACGAAGCGCUCUUUCGCCACAAUGGCGUGCUGGCCAUGCUCGAACGCGACAUUCUGACCAAGAAGGCACCGCAAAAGUGGCAGGACAACUCGACGACCGACCUCGCGCAGCUCGACGUCGUCGUGUGCUUUGAAGACCGCAUCUUUGACAUCGUCCUCGAAGACUUGCAGCUGCGCAAGCCGCAUGCGUUCCAUCCGAUCCAUGUCAUCUGCCUCGACAUCAAGGACACGCCCCAAGACGCCGUGAUUGGCGGCGCACUCGCGCUCAAGCUCUGCCAAAAGAUCAACGUGCUCUCUGAUUUGGAGAUGGACGUGCCGAAAGCCAUCGACGAGUUCGAAGCCGAGUGCCAAACCAAACUACUCUACGCCCUCGUGUACGUCUAAUACGACGCGUCUUAUCUCUGCAUCUCUCUAC